UGGAGGCUAUGGCGACCGCGGCGUCCAACCACUACCGCCUCCUGACGUCGAGCGCGUCCGAAGCUGGAAGCAUGCAGCAGGCGCCAGCGUACAGGGACGCGCCGAGCCUGCUGCACAGCGACUACACCACGCUCCAGAGCGCCGCCAACCCGCUCGGACACGCGCACCAGUGGCUCGCGGCGCUCUCGCACGGCGACGGCUCGCCGUGGUCCGAGCAGGACAUCAAGCCCACGCUGCACGGCGACGCCGAGGAGCUCCAGCACUCGCCGAGUCUGCAGCAACAGCAACAACAGCAGCAGCAGCAACAGCAGCAGCAGCAGCAGCAACAGUCGCGACUGGUCCACGAGGGCGCGCAUCACCAGGAUCAUCACUGGAGAGCGAGCACGACGGCGCACAUGACGAGUUCGAACGGACCGAGCAUGAUUUACGCGCAGCCGGGCUACGGAGGCGAGCAGGGCAUGCACCACCACGCGAACGCCCUGAGCGAGGCGCACGAGGACGAACCGAGCCCGCGCAUCAGCGAGCACGGCCACGCGCCGAGCCUCCGCCCGGGCCAGCACGAGCACUCGGACGACGACGUGCCGACAUCCGACGACCUGGAGCACUUCGCCAAGCAGUUCAAGCAGCGCCGCAUCAAGCUCGGCUUCACGCAGGCCGACGUGGGCUUGGCGCUCGGGACGCUCUACGGCAACGUCUUCUCUCAGACCACGAUCUGCAGGUUCGAGGCGCUGCAACUCAGCUUCAAGAACAUGUGCAAGCUCAAGCCGCUGCUGAACAAGUGGCUGGAGGAGGCCGACUCGACUUCGGGUAGCCCUACGAGCCUGGACAAAAUCGCAGCGCAGGGUAGGAAAAGGAAAAAGCGCACGUCUAUUGAAGUGGGCGUCAAGGGCGCGCUGGAGAGUCAUUUCCUAAAGUGCCCUAAACCCGGCGCGGCGGAGAUUAACGCCCUGGCGGACAGUCUGCAGCUGGACAAGGAGGUCGUUCGGGUCUGGUUCUGCAACAGGCGGCAGAAGGAGAAGCGCAUGACUCCUCAGUGCGCUCCGUUAGCCGAGAACAAGGACGUGUACGGGGACACGCCGCCGCACCACGGCGACCGGACACCAGUUCCGUGAUUUUUGUUUGUUUGUUUGGGUUUUUUUUUUUUUUUGGAAGCGUCGUAGCGGGAUUUUUCCGUGAUAUAUUUGAUAUAAUUCCUACCACCUGCACAAGCUCGGACCGUGUCUUUGUCUCCGCUUCACGGUGGACCGAGGCGCACCAGAGCCUACGUGACAUCGCAUAGGUGUUGCAUGUUGUUGCCCGAACAAUGCGGACAGGGGCGGGUGACGGGACGCAUGUGUCGCAUAAGACGCUCGGGGAACCCAAAACAAGUGCGCAAGGCGGCCAUGAAAAAAACAAACAGAUAAAUAAACAAACAAACAAACGCUCAAUUUAAGCUUAGAAGCCUAAGGAUCUGUGAAAGCACGUCACACACCAGGGUUGGAGCAGAGAGCUGUAAGGGCGUUCAACACGCCAUCUUCCCGUCAGGGCCACAAAACGUGUCCGCUGCGCUGUCUGUCGGUCUCCCAUCAUUAUUAUUGUUGUUAUUAUUAUUAUUAUUAUUAUUAUUAUCAUUAUUAAUCCAACCUAAGCUUAAAGCUGUAACGUCUCCAUUCGAGCUCUUUUUUUCUAUGUUGACGCUGAUGCUGUUUAGGUUUUGAUCAUAACAAAAGGCUGCCAAGUGCUGUUUCCCAACACUGCACACUGCAAACCAGUCCAGCUUUAUGCAGGUCACGAAUUCGCCCUGCUGCUGGGUAUGAGCUAUGAGCACAUAUCAGCAUGAAGACAGGUCUACCCAAUAAUACGACGGCUAUGUGCAUUACAUGCAAAAACGGAAUACAGGAGCAAACUAACAUCAAAAUUUAAUCAAGUGUCAUUCAAAGGACAUUUUAUAAAUGUACCCUAAUACUGAUACUGCAAAUAAUGUAAUGCUUCAUAUUUAAAAUGAGCUGGGUAAAAAAAGCUGGGUAAAUUGGAUGUAAGAUUUUCUAGAUGAUAAUGGCAUUGUUUGACAGGUGAUGGU